AUGCUUCCUGUACACCAACGGCGGCAUUCGCAGUACAACGGUCGUGCUCCUUCCCCACCGGAACCUUCCGGCUCCGACAGCGUCAUUGAAUUAUCCAAUUUCAACGGAACAACCCAUACGCACGGUACCAGUACUGUAACGGCGACCAAUGCGGUUGCGAAAGCAUCCGCCGUCGGAUCGAACGUUGACGAAUCCGAUUACGAGAUUCGUGCACUCGUGGGUGACCAAGCCUUGCCGGACGGAGCGUCACCCGCGCGUCACCACGGGGAUGGGCACGGACUCGCGGUAGGGACGGCCUCCAACGCCCAAGUCGCCGUUAACAUUGUCAUUUCCUUCGUCGGGGCCGGACUGCUCGGCAUUCCCGACGCCUUUCGACGGGCCGGGUGGCUCCUCGGGACGCUCACGCUCGCCACCGUGUCCGCCCUCAACGUCUACGCCAUGCUGCUACUCCCACACGUCAAACGCAAACUAUUGCAUCUUCGACAAAAGCAACAACAGAACUCGACACGUUCCGACGAAACACACACCGACACUCACGAACUUUUGUUGUUGGACAGUUAUGGUGCCCUGGGCCGGGCCAUUAUGGGACCCAAUGGUGAAACCUUCGUCAACGGCUGUUUGGUGGUUUCACAAGUCGGUUUCGCAACGGCCUACAUUAUUUUCAUUGCUGCUAAUUUGCACAGUUUGGCCGGUAUACCUCGUGGCGUCACCUGUCUCGCCUGUGUUCCGGGGUUGUGUGGACUCGUCCAGGCCCGGGACAUGAAAACACUCGCGCCAUUUUCGCUACUGGCCGAUGCUGCCAACGUACUCGGACUCUCCGCCGUUUUGUUUGAAGACUGGGAGACCUACUACCAACCACACGACGAUGUUAUACACAAAGUACGAUGGUCCGGAUUUUUGUACGUGAUUGCCAUUACCGUUUAUUCCAUGGAAGGCGUCGGAUUGAUUCUGUCCUUGGAAACUUCCAGUCGGCAACCCCAGAGCUUUCCUAGCCUUUUUCGGACCGUCUUGACCUGUAUUACACUGUUUAUGAGUUUGUUCGGCACGGCCGGUUACAUGGGCUUUGGCGAAAAUACUCAGGCGCCCAUCACCUUGAACCUUACCGACAGUAACGUCGCGCUCCUCGUCAAGAGCGCCCUGUGCUUGGCACUCUACUUGACCUACCCCGUCAUGAUGUUUCCCGUUUGGAACAUUACCGAAACGAUUCUAUUGUCCACCCGCGACCACACCGUCACCCGCGUGGCCUUUCGCAGUGCCCUGGUCGUGCUUACCGCCAUGGUGGCCUGGCUGGUGCCUGAUUUCGGCGCCUUUUUGAGCUUGGUCGGUAGCAGCAUCUGUACCGUGCUCGGAUUCAUUCUUCCCUGCUGGUUUCACUGGAAAGUCAUGGGCAACGAACUUCCCAACUGGCAGGUGGGCCUGGACCUUUUCCUGAUGGUUGGCGGAGGCGUGUUUGGAGUGCUCGGAACCUACCAAAGUAUUACAAGUUUGGGUGGUGGUGGUCAAUAA